UACCACGUGACCCUGACAUUGAGGCGGAAAUGAAAGUUAACUAGGUAGCAGCGAUAGGACCACAGCUUUAAUAAGAGCUGUGAUGUCAUGGCAACUGCCAGUGUGAAUAGACCUGGCAGUGUCCAGUCCACCGAAAAAUCUCAGCUGACCUUGAAAGUUCUUUCUGCAAAGCCCCAGUCCCCCAAACUCCCCAACCGCCAUUCCCGCCUCAGCUCGUUUGUGGAGGUGACCGCUGACGGGCUGACCAGUGAGACCAAGAAGACGGGCAAGCGCACAGGCCACCUGGAACUCCAGUGGAAUGAGGACCUCACCCUGAAUGUGACACCUCAGAGUCGACUAGAUCUGAAGCUGUGGAGUUGCCACACCCUGAGGAAAGAGCUGCUGGGUAGCGCCACCAUUGACCUUUUGGACACCUUACGCAAUCAUGAUGGCAAAAUGGAGAAUCUGCAGCUCAGUCUAGUCCUGCAGACGGAGAACAAAGGCUCAGUUGUAGCAGGAGGCGAGCUGAACGUCUGUCUGGACGGCCUGGUUGUUGAUCUGGGAUCCUUGCCCAAUGGCAGCACAGCAACAGACAAGAUGUUGCCGUCAGACCGACCGAACCUACGCAGGACACAGAGUGAGGAGACGCCCAGCACAGCCAGCCCGCGUGGCAGCCAGGAGCGUCUGCUGGAGCUCCACCACAACAUGGCCAACCCUGUGGUGGGAGGGCCAGAGCCCCCUGCCCAGACACCCACAGGAAGAAGAACAGGACCCACAGGCGCUCCGGGUGGUUCGAGGGGGACCUCUCCAGGUGGCCCCCGAGGGCCCCUCACUAAUGGGGAUGUGAACGGAGAGCAGAGCCCUGGGGCCGCCGGACGCCACCGCGCCUCCAAGAGCUCCCACAGCUCCCACAGCAGCCCUGGCAGCGCAGGUAAAGGUGAGCUGGCCCCUAACGGCCUGGAGAAUGGCCGCAGCAGUCUGGCCCGCCACACCCCCCCUCCGCCAUCCCCCACACUCCGGUCCUCCGCCCCCAGCAACAGCACCCCCGCUGGGCCAGACAGCGGAGCCGCACCCCCGGCCCCAGGAGAGACCGCCCCCUCAAACCCGGACCAGCCCACUCCUGCCAUGGAGCCCGUGAUGGAGUCGCUGCCAACAGGCUGGGAGCAGCGUGUUUUGCCCCACGGCAGGGUGUACUACGUGGACCACAACACAAAGACUACCACCUGGGAAAGACCCCUCCCACCAGGCUGGGAGAAGCGGGUGGACCAGCGCGGGCGCUACUACUACGUGGACCACAACACCCGCACCACCACCUGGCAGCGGCCCACAGCCGAGUCGGUGCGCAACUACGAGCAGUGGCAGUCGCAGCGCAGCCAGCUGCAGGGGGCCAUGCACCAGUUCAGCCAGAGGUUCCUCUAUCAGCCAUCAGGAGCGCCUGUUGAAAAUGACCCGCUGGGCCCUCUACCUCCAGGCUGGGAGAAGCGGCAGGACAAUGGCAGAGUCUACUUCGUCAACCACAACACGCGGACCACCCAGUGGGAGGACCCCCGAACCCAAGGGAUGAUCCAGGAGCCCCCCCUGCCCCCCGGCUGGGAGAUGAAGUACACAGCGGAGGGCGUGCGCUACUUUGUGGACCAUAACUCCCGCACCACCACCUUUAAAGACCCCCGACCGGGCUUUGAGUCUGGGUCCAGGCAGGGGGGCUCUCCAGGGGCCUAUGACCGCAGUUUCAGGUGGAAAUACCAUCAGUUCCGCUUCCUGUGCCAUUCCAAUGCCUUGCCAAGCCAUGUCAAAAUUUCCGUGUCCAGGCAGACACUCUUUGAGGACUCCUUUCAGCAGAUUAUGAACAUGAAGCCGUACGACCUGCGGCGGAGGCUCUACAUCAUCAUGAGGGGAGAAGAGGGCCUGGACUACGGCGGCAUCGCCAGAGAGUGGUUCUUCCUGCUCUCCCACGAGGUGCUCAAUCCCAUGUACUGUCUGUUUGAGUACGCCGGCAAGAACAACUACUGUCUGCAGAUCAACCCGGCCUCCUCCAUCAACCCUGACCACCUCACUUACUUCCGCUUCAUUGGGCGAUUCAUCGCCAUGGCACUGUACCAUGGCAAGUUCAUCGACACAGGCUUCACUCUGCCCUUCUACAAACGCAUGCUCAACAAGAAGCCCACCCUUAAGGACCUGGAGUCCAUAGACCCAGAGUUUUUUAACUCCAUCAUGUGGGUCAAAGACAACAAUCUGGAGGAGUGUGGAGUGGAGCUCUACUUUGCUCAGGACAUGGAGAUCUUAGGGAAGGUGUCCACACACCAGUUGAAAGACAACGGCGAGAAUGAACUGGUCACAGAAGAGAACAAGGAGGAGUACAUAAGGUUGCUGACUGACUGGCGCUUCAUGCGGGGGGUGGAGGAACAGACCAAGGCCUUCUUGGACGGCUUCAACGAGGUGGUGCCUCUGGAGUGGCUGCGCUACUUCGACGAGAAGGAGUUGGAGCUCAUGCUAUGCGGCAUGCAGGAGAUCGACCUCAGCGACUGGCAGAAGAACACCAUCUACCGCCACUACACCAAGAACAGCAAGCAGAUCAACUGGUUCUGGCAGGUGGUGAAGGAGAUGGACAACGAGAAGCGGAUCCGCCUGCUGCAGUUUGUGACGGGGACCUGCCGGCUGCCGGUGGGCGGCUUUAACGAGCUCAUAGGGAGUAAUGGUCCACAGAAGUUCUGCAUAGAUAAGGUGGGGAAGGAGACAUGGCUACCCAGAAGCCACACCUGCUUCAAUCGGCUGGACCUGCCCCCCUACAGGAAUCUACUUGGCAGCUCAAUAAGGAUCUUGCUCUUGCCAUCAGGAGAGAUUGCAUUCCUACCACCGUAG